AUGCUGGGCGCCAAAGAAGAUCGGGCGCCAGAUGGAUCCACGACAGAUCCCGACACUGAACCUAUCGCCGCUCGCCCAUUAGUUGUUGCCGGACAGGGCAACUAUCUGUACCUGGCGGAUGGCCGGACCAUUCUAGAUGCUUGCGGCGGCGCCGCGGUAUCCUGUCUUGGUCACGGCGUCAAGGAUGUUAUCGAUGCUAUGACGGCACAAGCGAGCAGGAUCUCGUACGUAUCAUGGAGCUGCUUCGACAAUAGAACCAAGCUGGAACUGUCGAACUGGCUUUCUGAGAGCUCGAAGGGGCAUUUCCAGAAGGCGUAUAUCACCUCCUCUGGAUCCGAGGCGAUGGAAGGGGCGAUGAAGCUGGCACGUGAGUACUUUGUCUGGCAGGGACAGCCUAAGCGAGUGAACUAUAUCUCGCGGGAGGAGUCGUAUCAUGGAAUCACCCUCGGCUCAUUGGCUCUGGGAGGUCAUCUGGUUCGGCGGGGGCCUUUUGAACCGUUGCUGCUUCCUAACAUCUAUCGGGUGCCGGCUUGCAAUAUUUAUCGUCAGCGACUGCCGGAUGAGACUGACACUCACUUCAUUGUUCGAAAAGCGGUCGAGCUGGAACACGCGUUCCAUCAAGCCGGGCCUGACACCGUGGCAGCCUUCAUCGCCGAGCCUGUUGUCGGGGCUGCGUCUGGCUGUGUUCCUGCGGUCCCUGGCUACUUCAAGGCUAUGAAGACCGUUUGUGACAAGUAUGGAGCGCUUCUGAUUCUGGACGAGGUUAUGUGCGGUAUGGGACGGACUGGGACGCUGCAUGCUUGGGAACAGGAGGGUGUCAUGCCUGAUAUUCAGGCUCUGGGAAAGGGUCUUGGAGGGGGUUACCAGCCAGUUUCAGCAAUCCUGGUGAGCGGAAAAAUAACCCAGGUGAUGGAGGCGAAAGGAGUGGCCUUCACUCAUGGACAUACGUACCAGGACCACCCCGUCGCCUGCGCAGCAGCAUUGAAAGUCCAGCAGAUCAUCCAACGAGAUAACCUGCUCUCUAACGUCCAACGCCAGGGUCAAUACCUGGAAAAGCUGCUUCGGACCAAACUACGGGAUCAUCCGUACGUGGGUGACAUCCGCGGCCGUGGACUGUUCUGGGGGAUAGAAUUUGUCAGAGACCUAGUUACGAAGGAGCCUUUUGAUCCUAAGCUCCAGCUGGCGUACCGGAUACACGAAAUGGCCAUGUCACCGCCGUAUAACACGGUGCUGUAUUACGGGCAGGGUUGUGCGGGGAAUAGGAAAGGUGACCAUGUCAUGAUCAUGCCGGCGUACAAUGUUACGGAGGGUGUGCUUGAGAGUAUUGCGGAGAAGACGGUAGCGGUUAUACAGCGAGUGUUUGAGGCGUUGGAGGAGGGGACGUGA